AUGAAGGUGAUCAAUAAUUUACUGGUAGUAGCGAUUGUACUGGUUGGGAUUUCAGCAGCAUUUUCGGCGGAACGGAGUGAUGAGCCUUCGAAGAAAUUUGUGAUAGAGCUGAACAGUCUGUUCACCGAUAUCAGUCAAGUAAUUUCAGAAGAUAAGUAUUGCGAUGACCCAAAAAUAUCUUGCGAUAGGUCUAAUCGUAUCACUGCUGUUAGAUUAAUUAAUGUUAAACUGCCUACUUUUCCUGAAAUCAGUUUAAUAAAUGAUACAUUAAAUAGUUUAACAAUAUCUAGAAGUCUGAAAGGUGAGAUUUCAAGUCAAAUCUACUCACUUACCAAGUUGCAAUAUCUGGUUCUAUCAGGGAACAAUUUUAGUGGUGGUAUAAGUACUGAGAUUAAAAAUUUGAAUAAACUGUGGCAUCUUGACUUAUGUAAUUCAAGUCUAUCUGGUAGGAUACCUGAUACUCUGUAUUCACUGACCCAAUUGCAAUAUCUGAAUCUGAAAAAUAACAAGUUUGAUGAUAGAUUAAUUGAUGACAUUGAAAAUCUGAAUCAAUUACAUCACCUUGACUUGAAUAACUCAGGUCUAUCUGGUUGGAUACCUAGUACUCUGUAUUCAUUGACUGAAUUGAAAUAUCUGGGUUUAGGUAAUAAUAAAUUUGUUAAAUUUAUAAGUAACAACAUUAAAAAUCUGAAAAAAUUAAAGAACCUUGAUUUAGCCAAUUUUGGUCUACGCGGUUCGAUACCUGAUGGUGUAUAUUCAUUGAGCAAAUUGGAAUAUCUGGAUAUGCAAGGGAAUGCAUUUAUUGGUAAUUUAAGUGAUGACAUUGGAAGGCUAGAUAACUUAUAUUAUCUUGACAUAAGUAACUCAAUUCUAACUGAUGAGAUACCUAAUACUCUGUAUUCAAUGACUAAAUUGCAAUACCUGGAUUUACGAGGGAACUAUUUCAGUGGCUGUUUAAGUACUGAAAUUGGAGAGCUGAGUCAACUAUACUAUCUUGAUUUAAGUCAGUCAAGUCUAUCUGGUUCGAUACCUGAUACUCUCUAUUCAUUGACUAAAUUGCAAUAUCUGAAUCUAGAAAAUAACAAGUUUAAUGGUAUUUUGAGUAAUAAAAUUGGAAAUCUGCUUAACUUAUAUUACCUUGAUUUAAGUGGGUUAAAUCUACAUGGUGGGAUUUCUGAUAGUCUUCUGUAUUCGCUGUCCAAAUUGCGAUAUCUAGAUCUAGGAAAUAACAGUUUUAGUGGUGGCUUAAGCGCUGAAAUUAAAGAACUGAAUAGAUUGUAUCAUCUUGACUUAAGUAAUUUAAAUCUAUCUGGUUCGAUACCUGAUAGUCUAUAUUCACUGACCGGAUUGGAAUAUCUGAAUCUGCGUGGAAAUAAUUUUAUUGGCAAUUUAAGUUCUGAUAUUUUAAAUUUGAGUAAAUUACAUUACCUUGACUUAAGCAGAUCAAGUUUAUCUGGUAAGAUACCUGAUACUCUAUACUUACUGAGUAAAUUGCAAUAUCUGAACCUAAAAAAUAAUAAUUUUACUGGUAAUUUAAGUACUGAUAUUUGGAAUUUGAAUAAAUUAUACUAUCUUGAUUUAAGUGGGUCAAGUCUCUCUGAUUCGAUACCUGAUACUCUGUAUUCAAUGACCGAACUAAAAUAUCUGAAUCUAGAAAACAACAAUUUUAUUGGUUAUUUGAAUGCCAAGAUUAGGAAAUUGAGUCAACUAUACUAUCUUGAUUUAAGUAACUCGAGCCUAUCUGGUUCGAUACCUGAUGGUCUGUAUACAUUGACCAAGUUGCAAUAUCUGAACCUAAAAAAUAACAAUUUUGAUGGUAGUUUAAGUAAGGACAUUGGAAAGCUGUAUAAUUUAUACUAUCUUGGAUUAAGUAACUCAAGUCUAUCUGGUGAGAUACCUAAUACUCUGUAUUCAAUGACUAAAUUGCAAUACCUGGAUUUACGAGGGAACCAUUUCAAUGGCUGUUUAAGUACUGAAAUUGGAGAGCUGAGUCAACUAGAGUAUCUUGAUAUAAGUAACUCAAGUCUGUCUGGUCCGAUACCUGAUACUCUGUAUUCAUUGACCAAAUUGCAAUAUCUGAAUCUAGAAAAUAACAGGUUUAAUGGUGGUUUAAGUGACGACAUUAGAGAGCUGCAUAAUUUAUACUAUCUUGACUUAAGCAACUCAAGUCUAUCUGGUGAGAUACCUGAGGGUCUGUAUUCAUUGACCCAAUUGAGAUAUUUAAAUCUGCAAGGAAACAGUUUUAGUGGUAGUUUAAAUAAUAACAUUGGAACUCUAAGUAAAUUAUAUCAUCUUGACUUAAGUAACUCAACUCUAUCUGGUGAGAUACCUAAUACUCUGUACUUACUGAAUAGAUUGAAAUAUCUGAAUUUGCAAGGAAACCAUUUUGAUGGCCAUUUAAGUUUUGAAGUUUAUAAGCUAGAUCAAUUAAACUAUCUUGAUUUAAGCAACUCAAGUCUGUCUGGUGAGAUACCUAAUACUCUGUAUUUACUAAAAAAUUUAGAAUACUUGAAUCUAAAAAAUAACAAAUUUAAUGGUGGUUUAAAUGAUAGUAUUGUAAAGCUGGGUAAAUUAUAUCAUCUUGACUUAAGUAACUCAAGUCUGUCUGGUGAGAUACCUAAUACUCUGUAUUCAAUGACUGAGUUAAAAUAUCUGAAUCUAAAAAAUAACAAUUUUACUGGUCAUUUGAGUGCUGAUAUUUGGAAUUUGAAUAGAUUACAAUAUCUUGAUUUAAGUGGGUCAAGUCUAUCUUGUGAGAUACCUGAUGCUCUGUACUUACUGAGUGAAUUGAAAUAUCUGAGUCUACAAGGAAACAAUUUAAAUGGAAGUUUAAGUAGUGAAAUUAGAAAACUGAAUAAGUUAUAUCAUCUUGACUUAAGUGGAUUAAAUCUGUCUGGUUCGAUACCUGAUAGUCUAUAUUCACUGGUCCAAUUGCAAUAUCUGAACCUGCGAGGGAAUAAUUUUAAUGGUGGUUUAGGUGACAGCAUUAUAAAGCUGAGUAGAUUGUAUCAUCUUGACUUAAGUGACUCAAAUAUAUCUGGUUCGAUACCUAAUACUCUGUAUUCGCUAACCCAGUUGCAAUAUCUGGGAUUGGGGGGGAGCAAAAUUUCUGGCUGUUUAAGUACUAACAUUGGAAGGCUGAAUAGGUUGUAUCAUCUUGACUUAAGUAACUUGAAUCUGUGUGGUGAGAUAUCUGAUAGUCUAUAUUUAAUGACCAGAUUGAAAUAUCUGAACCUACAAGGGAACAAUUUUAAUGGUGGAUUGGGUGUUGAGAUUAGGAAGCUGAUUCAAUUAUAUUAUCUUGACUUAAGUGGGUCAAGUCUGUCUGGUCGGAUACCUGAUACUCUGUAUUUACUUACCAGACUGCAAUACCUAAAUCUAAAAGAUAAUAAUUUUAUUGGUCAGCUAAACACCAAGGCGAUUAGGAGGCUGAGUCAAUUACAUUAUCUUGAUUUAAGUGGAUUAAGUCUAUCUGGUGAGGAGGUACCUCAGGGUCUGUAUUCGUUGACAAAAUUGGAAUAUCUGAAUCUACAAGGAAACAAUUUUAAUGGUCAUUUAAGUACUGAAAUUGUGAACCUGAGUAAAUUACAUUAUCUUGACUUAAGUGGGUUAAAUUUGUCUGGUUCUAUACCUAGUAGUCUCUAUUCAAUGACCGAAUUGCGAUAUCUGAAUCUUAUGAACAACAGUAUCAAUGGUAGUUUGUCAUCUAAUAUUGGUAAUCUGAUUAAUCUAGUUAAUCUAAAUUUGCGUUCGAAUGAAUUGAGUGGUACUAUACCAAAUGAAAUUGGCAAUUUAAUUAAUCUUGAAGUUUUAGAAAUGCGAGAGAAUCAGUUUGAAGGCGAAAUUCCUGAUCUGAGUGGUCUGAAAAAUUUGAUGUAUAUGAACAUUAGCUCAACAAAAAACAGUUUAAAUGCGAAAUGUGAUGAUAACAUGUUACCUCCGUCUAUUAAUAAGGAGAAUUGUUUGAUUGAACCUGUGCAUAUAUCGUGUAACGAAAUUACACGCUGUCAAUACGUCAUUGGACCUAUAACCAAAUCAUCAGUUGUUUCAAUGUCCUAUACAUCCGGAUUGAAGAUGACUAUUGCGGUGAUUCUGCUUACAGCUGAAAUAGAAAUGGCUUUAAAUUAA